AGGUGCAGGUAGGCAAGAAAGUAUACAUGUAACCUGAAAACAAAAUAAUACAAUGCUAGCAAAGAUAGGAUAGCCGAAAAGUUUUAAGGAACGUUUUGGAGUGUGAUAUCUAAGAAUAUCCAACUACAUGUAUCAAAUAGAGAAGACAUAAGCUAAUUUUGCAAAAUCUGAACAAAUAUUUAUAUCAGACAUUUGACAAUACAUACAGGAGAGAAGAAUUAUAUUUUUGAAAAAUGUGUGAUAAAGGAGUUUCUGAGAGUGAAAACAACCAAACAACACACAUAAAAGCAAUUUCUGAGAGUGAAAACAACCAAACAACACACAUAAAAGCAAUUUCUGAGAGUGAAAACAACCAAACAACACACAUAAAAGCAAUUUCUGAGAGUGAAAACAACCAAACAACACACAUAAAAGCAAUUUCUGAGAGUGAAAACAACCAAACAACACACAUGAAAGUUAAUCUAGGAGAGAUUUAUUUCUGUAGUAUGUGUGGGAACACAUUUUCUCAAAAAAGUGACUUUAUAAUACAUAUGAAAGUACAUACUGGAGAUAGGAAACAUAUUUGUAAAAUAUGUCUUACAAUAUUUUCUCAAAGAAGUGAUCUAACGGCACACUUGAAAAUACAUGUAGAAGAGAAAAAUUUGAAAUUACAUGCAGAAGAGAAAAAUUAUAUUUGUGAAAUCUGUAAUAAAAAAUUUCUAUGUAUAGAUAAAGUUGCAACUCACAUGAAAAUUCAUACAAAACAUGCAAGAGAGAAGAAAUAUUGUUGCAAAAUGUGUGCAAAAGUAUUUAGUCAACCAGGUCAUCUUGAUAAACACAUGGCAGUUCAUACAGGAGAAAAGAAUCACUGUUGUGAUAUCUGUGGCAAUGUGUUUUCUGAAAGAAGUAGUCUUAGAAGACACAUGAAAAUACAUACAGGAGAGAAGAAACACAGUUGUGAAGUCUGUGGUAAAACAUUUACCCGUAACUUCAGUCUUGACAUGCACAUGAAAAAUCAUAAGGGACAGAAGGACCAUCACUGUGAGACUUGUGGAAAAGGGUUUACUCAAAGAAAUCAACUUGCAGAACAUAUGACAAUACAUACAGGAGAGAAGAACUUUCAUUGUGAAAUCUGUGAUCGAUCAUUUUCUCGAAAACGAUAUCUUCAGAAACAUAAAAAACGGCAUUCAGGAACAAAGGUAUAUUGUUGUGAAAUCUGUGACAAAUGGUUUUCCCAAAAAGACUAUCUUUCCCAACAUAUGACAAUACAUACAAGAGAGAAGAACUAUUGUUGUGAAAUAUGUAACAAAGUUUUUACUGUAAGAAGAUAUUUUGAUAGGCAUAAGAAGAUACACACCAGAGAGGAAAGUUAUCGUUCUAAAGAGUUAUUGAAAGAGUAGUUUGAAAUUACCAUUAUUUAAGAAAAACACAAUUUUGGUGAGAAAAUCUGAAGGUUUGAAAUCUGUGAGGCUUUGUUUACUGAAGAAAUUUAUUAUAAGUAAUAUGUAGUACAUGGCAGCUAAAUCACAUCAGAGAAAAAUUUUCAGUUGAGAAAUCUGCAAUAAACAUUU